AGGAGGAUCCCUUCGUGAUGGUGGCAGAAAACAUCCUGGGUCAGCCCAAGACAUACAAAGGAUUCUCCAUCGAUGUCCUCGACGCACUCGCCAAAAUCCUCGGCUUCAAAUACGAGAUCUACCAGGUGUCUGACAGUAAAUAUGGAUCUCAGCUUCCGAACGGCUCGUGGAACGGUAUGAUUGGAGAUCUCAUUAACAAGAGGGCGGAUCUUGCGGUGUCGGCCAUCACCAUCACCCCUGAGCGUGAGAACGUGGUGGACUUCAGUAAACGUUACCUGGACUACAGCGUGGGGAUUCUGCUGAGGAAACCGGAGGAGAAGAUCAACAUCUUUUCUCUCUUCGCGCCCUUCGACCUCGCCGUGUGGGCCUGUAUCGCCGCCGCCAUCCCAGUGGUGGGCGUGCUCAUCUUCCUGCUGAACCGCCUGCAGGCGCUACGCUCCUCCGCUACCCAGAAUGCACCACAAGGACAACCGGCCAAUGGCGUGGUGGGUUCAGGCUCGCUGCAGAGCGCCGUGUGGAUCGUCUACGGAGCGUUCGUUCAUCAAGGUGAGGGGGGGGGGAUAAUACACAUGAAACAAGACAGUGAUAGAUACAGAGUUCAGAUCUCUAAGAACCUAUAA